AUGAUCGGAAUCACCAUCAUCACUGGGUUCCUCGGGGCGGGCAAAACCACCCUGCUGAAGAACCUCCUGAAGGAGAGCCUCCGAAAUGGAAAAAAAAUCGCAAUAAUCCACAACGAGUUCACAGAGAAUAAUAACAACAUCGACAAAAUUGUGUUCAAGGAUAUAAACGAUAUUUAUAAUUUCCCCAAGGAGGGGGCAGCCAGGGGGGAUGCGCGGGGGGGAGUGGGAAAGGACGAGCAAAACGGGGCGAAGAGUGACGGGCACAACGAGGCGAAGGACAGGACGAAGAGUGACGAGCAAAACGGGGCGAAGGACAUAACGAAGGGUGACGGGCACAACGGGGCGAAGGACAUAACGAAGGGUGACGGGCACAACGGGGCGAAGGACAGAACGAAGAGUGAGGGGCAGUCCGAUUUGGAGAGCGACCAAAACGACAUAACCAUUGUAAAUAGAAUCGAAAAAGAAGAGGGCUACAUCUACGAACUGAACAACGGCUGCCUCUGCUGCUCCAAUAAAAGCAACUUUGUCAAGCUGAUUGAAAAUAUCCUUGCCAUGAAAAGCUCCUACGACUAUAUCUUUGUCGAAGUGGCGGGGGUGUAUGACAACAUCCAGCUGAACAAUUUAUUGUGGCUAGAUGAUCUGAACAAGUCCCAAAUUUACCUUGACAGUAUUGUCUACGUUUUGGAUGCCUAUAAUUUGGUGAAUUCCUUCCAAGGGGGGGAUUCAUUCCCCUGCCAUGGCGCCCUAGCGGAAGCUGCAUCCCAGUUCGCUGCCACUCAGGCAGAAAAAGAACAGAACCUCCCAUGUGGGGAAGAAGAAGAGAGGAGGAACCAAAGAAAUGUUAACCUCCCCCCCGGAGGAACCCCCUCCGGCAACGAACAACUAAUCGUGUGCGACGUUGUAAUUAUAAAUAAGGUAGAUAAAAUUACUGAACAGGAAAAGGAAAAAAUAAAAUCCUUCGUUAGAAAUAUGAACCCAUUAAGUUCCAUCUACCUGACCAGUUAUGCUACCCUCCCGAUGGAACAGCUAACAGAACUAAAGUGUUACGAAAAAAAAAAUAUAAAAGAUGUGUUGGAAAAUUCGAUGAACAGUCACACUGCAGAUCGAAAGCACGUAUUCCAUUACAACGAUUUUGUUAAUUGCUCACUGAAGUAUGAACACAGCAUUCCUUACCUAGUUCAUCUAAGUGAAAAACUAAAUAAAAUGAAAAAUAAAUUUGUCCAAGCAAAAAGUAAAAGCACACUGAGACAGAUCCUUUCUUCAAAAAAAAAAAAUAUUUUUUCUUUCAAAAAAAUUAACGAAACUUUAGUUUCUCUUUUAUGGAGUAAAAAUUUAGAAAUCUAUCGAGGCAAGGGCGUUUUUGUUGCCUUCAAUGAUGAUGUCUACACCCACAAGAGCAAGCUAAAGCUAAACAUGUACUACUACCAGAGUGUGGGUGACCUGUAUGAAAUCGAUUUAAUCAUGAGUGACCUUCACACGUUUUUUCUGUCUGCCCUGGAUGGGGUGCAAUCACAGAUGGGCAGUGUGUCAGUGUUGAAUGAUAACGAGAAUGACGGUUCCAUCGAAUGUCCCAACCAUGGAAACGACCAUUCCAUCGAACAUCCCAACCAUGGGGACGACCACUCCAUCGAACAUCCCAACCAUGGGGACGACCACUUCAUCGAACAUCCCAACCAUGGGGACGACAUAUCCGACAUUGAGAACUACCUUUCGGACUCCUCCUCCAGAAGCGAGGAAAGUGACAGUCGCGGUGGAGGAGAGUACAACGUAAAGAGCAUUUUAAGUGGGGGGGACGUCUUUACAUCAUGCUUCCUCUUCAUAGGGAAACAUAUCGACGUGGAGGGGGUCAAGCGAAAAUUAAAUAACUGUCUAGAUAUGAGGUCCAUCCAGUUAAAGGGAUUCUUUGCGUGGAAAAUUUUGGGAGACCCCAGACACUCCAACAACCUAUCCGCCACAAAUUCAAUAUACUGCGACAUUAGUCUUGAGUUCAUUCCAAUUAAAUCACAAGUUAUCAAUUAA